CACAAGGAGCUUGGACAGCUUACAUGAGGACGAUGUUAGUGGCCUUGGUGGAGAGGAGGGAGUGACCGUCAGGGGCGUCUGAGCUGGGCCUUGUGACCAGAGAGGCCUUCGGCAGAGAGUUCCAGACAGCAUGCGAGGUGAAUUCACUGCAGAUUGAUUGUGUUCAUGACGCUGACGCUCUUCCCCAUCCGGCUACUGCUCAUUGUCACCAUGAUGCUGCUUGCCUGGCCCUUCACGUUCUUCGCGACACUGGGAUCCUCAGACCAGGAGCCCGAGCAGCCCCCGGCCACGUGGCGCAAGGUCGUGGACUUCCUGCUCAAGGCCAUCAUGCGCACCAUGUGGUUUUCCGGCGGCUUCCACUGGGUGGUCAUGAAGGGGCAGCAGGCCUCGCCGCCUGAAGCCUCCAUCCUCACCCUGGCUCCACAUUCCUCCUACUUCGAUGCCAUCGCCGUCACCCUGACGAUGUCCUCCAUCGUGAUGAAGGCAGAGAGCAGAGACAUCCCGAUAUGGGGAACUCUGAUAAAGUACAUCCAGCCGGUGUUCGUGUCCCGGUCGGACCAGGACUCGCGCAGGAAGACCGUGGAGGAAAUCAGGAGACGUGCGCAGUCACGUGGGAAGUGGCCACAGAUAAUGAUUUUUCCAGAAGGAACAUGUACCAACAGGACCUGCCUAAUUACCUUCAAGCCUGGUGCCUUUAUCCCUGGAGUUCCUGUCCAGCCCGUGGUUCUGCGAUACCCGAAUAAACUGGACACCAUCACGUGGACAUGGCAAGGACCCGGAGCGUUGAAAAUCCUGUGGCUCACGCUGUGUCAGUUUCACAACCGAGUGGAGAUCGAGUUUCUCCCCGUGUACAGCCCUUCGGAGGAGGAGAAGAAGGACCCCGCGUUGUACGCCAGCAACGUCCGGCGUGUCAUGGCCGAGGCCCUGGGCAUCUCUGUAACCGACUACACAUUUGAGGACUGCCAGCUGGCCCUGGCGGAAGGACAGCUCCGUCUCCCUGCGGACACCUGCCUUCUAGAAUUUGCCAGGCUGGUGAGGGGCCUGGGGUUAAAACCAGAAACACUCGAGAAAGAUCUGGAUAAAUAUUCCGAAAGCGCCAAGAUGCAGAAGGGAGGAAAGCUGGGUCUCCCCGAGUUUGCGGAGUACCUGGGCGUCCCCGUCUCAGACACCCUGGAGGACAUGUUCUCCCUGUUCGAUGAGAGCGGAGACGGCAGGAUGGACCCUCGGGAGUACGUGGUCGCCCUGUCUGUCGUCUGCCGGCCGGCCCAGACUCUGGACACCAUCCAGCUGGCGUUCAAGAUGUAUGGGUCACAGGACGGUGACAUCGAUGAGGACACCCUGUCCAGCAUCCUCAAGACUGCCUUAGGGGUGGCAGAGCUCAGUGUGACCAGCCUUUUCCAGGCCAUCGACCAGGAGGGGGCGGGGAGGAUCACAUUCGCUGACUUCUGCAGGUUUGCGGAAAUGUUCCCCAACUUCGCAGAGGAGUACCUGUACCCCAGGCAGACCCAUUCGGACAGCUGCGCACAGACGCCCCCCACUCCGACCCCCAACGGCUUCUGUGCGGACUUCAGCCCUGAGAACUCGGAUGUUGGAAGGAAACCGUUUCGUAAGAAACUGGACUAGGACAGAAGGUUCUGGAGAGAUGAGGCCUCUCUGCGGCCCUGUCACCACCCGCCUCCACCUGGCCGUGAGCCUGUUCACGGUGACACAGCCGGGCCUCGCUCUCCCGCGUGUGCUGUGCAUGUACUGGCCUCGGGCCCAAGUUCUGCAACACCCGGGGUCGUUCUGCCCCUGUUCCUUUGUGGAGAGCCCCGCGUGAGGGCGGGCCUGCGCCUGAGCCACGAGGCUGUGUGGGCCCCGGGGGCUGUCCCUCCCACGACACCCGGGCUGGGGCCCCAGCUAUGGCCGAGUCACCUGAACUGUCCCGGGUUCACUUCCCGUGGUCUUUCCUCACGUCCCCGCUGGAGUCCGUGCCCGGCGGCUCGUGCCGGUGGAUGGGCCUUCACAUGCACACGCGACACGCGUGAGACCGAGACGUGUCCCGUGCUUUUUGAUUCCAGCACAAAUUCUCUGCCAGCCUCUGUGGGCUCACCGUGUGGCAGAGCGUGGUCUGAUUUUUAAACAUUUCUAUAUUUGUGGGAACUCAUGCGUGUUUUAUAAACUUCAUUUAGAUGCUUCAGGAAGCAUUCAGCAUUUUUACAAAAGAAGAAGAAUUGUUUUCUAUUUCAGUUUUCCUUUGAGGGCCGGAGGGUAUUUAUUUAUAGGCCCUUUUUUGAUAGAAUCCGAGGCUGUCUGGGGCUUUCACUUAAAUCUCUUUCUGGCCUCUCUCUACCAGGUACAUUCCGCGUCCGGGUCCGCCGCACGCACCUGGCCCAGACGCCUUUUCUGCUUCUUUAAUCCUUUCCAAAUCCCCCUCUUUUUUAUAAACAUUACCAGCUUGGUAUUUCUGUUCAGCGUGACGGAACCUACUUCAGGGCACCGCGAAUCCGGCCGAGCGCCGGCGAGGUGCGUGAGUCAGGCAGGAGGCGCAGCGGGACGGCCCUGGCCUGUCUGCUGAGCCUCCCGGAGGCUGACGCCCGGGCGGACGCGCAGGGCCUGGUGGAGGCUGCCUGGCGCCCCGCCUCCGUCCGGUGGCGGCACCUGCCCCUGGCCUCCCCGCACCGCGGCACGAGGCCGGCACCCCGGGCGCAGGGAAGGCGCUGGGGCCACGGCGGCGUCAGAGGCGGGGAGCAGAGCGUCCGCACACAGGAAAGGGACGCGGUGGUGUUGCCGCUCCUGGCGCUGAGCUCAGCCCCCGGCGUCGCGUCCUCCCCGCACGGUGAGAGGUCUGCUCUUAAAGCACAAGGACCACGGCCUCUAGUCCGGUCUGCGGCAAAGCCUCCGGGUUUGUUUGGGGAAGGAAAUUCUUCUGAAUUUCUAAAGGGGUUGGAUUUUGUACUUGGGCCUCUCCAUAGAAAGCGACCGCCAGGGCCGCCAGAAAAAACGCUUCCUGACUUCCCGAGGUGUGCCCGCUGUGCGUUUCCAGCAGCGGCCCGGAGCGAAGGGAAGGCCUGGCCUCCGUUCCGCCCGCCUCCACCCACCAGCGAGGCAGGGCCGGCCGGGUGCCAGUGGUGCGGGGUCCGCACGCUUGCAGCCCGGACGCAGCCUUCGUAGCUCGCCGUCACCCACUUUCAACGGCAGAAUGCAUAAAAAUUCAUUUUUAUAAGAGAAAAAGUACAUGUGACCAAUGAAGGAGGUACAUAAACAAAGAGAUUCCGAGGGAAGGGACCCUGGCUCGCGGCUCCUGCCUCUGUGUCUGUGGAUGAAGGGCUUUUUGAAUGAAAUGCCGCUGUGCAUUUUCAGGAAAAAAUCUCUGAUAAGCAGACUUGGAAUGGAGGUUUGUUCCUCCUGACUUUCUUCUCCAUAGUGACUUCGCGUCAGUGGCAUUCAGAACUGUGAAUGUAUAUAGUUUUGGAGUGAAAUCCCUUUCGUGUGAGGUGGGGGCAGAAGGGGCCCCACGGGGACCGGGAGUCCAGGGUGGGCGCCGUGGAACAGCUCUGCAUUGUCAAUGGAAUGAAUAAAACAUGGUCGUACCCACCUGACGA